AUGGACCACACACGACACUCGGCGGACGUAUGGCCUGCAGGACAGGACUACUGGCGACCGAUAGUCGCGACAGGCUAUCUGCUCGCGGUGUCGGUCAUGUCGGUGUUGUUUUCGAGACGACUAGGCUCGUGGCCGUCAGUACGAAGGGUGCCGCUCAUGCAGCUGCUUGUUGUGUCGCUCCUCGGCGGAUCCCUUAUCUUCGUCUUCAUCUCGGCGAUUAUCCUCCUCGGCGUCGGCUCGUCCUUCAGCCCUGCGGCAUGUAGCGGGGGGAUCUGGCUUUGCAUCAUCCUCUACGCCGGCUCGAAGGUCGUCCUCUACGUCCUGCUGCUCGAGAAGCUGUACAUCGUGCACUCGCACGCCGCGACCGGGCGGAUAUCCCGAAUGCAAUCGUGGUGGUACCGUGGAGGCUGCAUUCUGUUGAUUGCAUGGGUCGGCAUCGCUGUCGCCAUGAUUGUCGGCCGCGUCAGCCAUAUCCGACAGAGCGACGGCGCCUGCAUCAUCGGUCUGCGUCUGUACGGCUCCGUGCCGGAACUCGUCUGCGACGGCUUGACCAACGUCUACCUUACAACCGGUUUCGUCCUUCCGAUUUUGCGCCAUCCCUCUCCCAAGGCUCGACGCCUCGCUCGCAUCUCCUCCAUCGCCGCAGUCGCAGCACUUCUCACCUCCUUCACCAACAUUGGCAUCCUCGCCGGCAUCGGCGGCCACGAACUGUCUUGGAUCUGCCUCGGGUCGUGCGGUCUCGACGUCGUCUUUAAUUCGGUCAUCGUCUACAUCGUCACGACGCCAAAUCGGCAGAAGGACGAGAUGAUGACGGCCAACUCGGGACCGCACGACGGCGGUCCUCGCAGUACUCAGCAGGGCGCAACUUCAAGCCGGAUGGGACCGUUCUUCCGCGGAAGCACGACGGUCGGACAUGGCGGGACAUCGACUAUCGGUGUUCACGUCGUCGAGGAGGUCCGGGUCGACGAGGACAUCAGCCCGCUCGACCCGCCUCGAAGACGCGCGUCCGUGUUCGGCUCACACACCGUGUCGUUCCAGACGGCAGAGGCAUCGUUGGACGACAUCGUCGAGGAGGACAAGGCGAGGGACGUCGAUUUGGAGAAGUCGAGUCCGCUGCCGUCUCCGACGUCGACUCUCUAG